AUGCAGCCUCAGUUUAAUACUCUUGUAAUAGCAGGCGCCAGCGGCUCAGGUAAGUCCACCAUCGUGAGGCACUUACUUCACAGAUAUCCUCAUAAGUUUACUAUUUCUGUCUCAUACACAACACGAACGCCCAGAGAAAACGAGAGAGAUGGAAAGGACUACUUUUUCAUAACGCGCGAUAAGUUUAUGGAGAAGGUUAAAAACAACGAGUUUAUUGAGUAUGCUGAGUAUGCUGAAAAUUACUAUGGAACUGGCAUAGAGUACAAGACACCUCAGCCUGGAAAGAUACUUCUGCUAGAAAUAGAAAAAAAGGGUGUAAAAAGCAUAAAAGAGUCUGGGAUAAAUGCUGUUUAUGUCUUUAUAUAUGCCCCCAUGUCUAUUCUCCACGAAAGAAUUUCACAAAGAGCAAUAAUAACACAGGAUGAGCUAAGCAAGCGGCUGAUGAAGGCUAAAGAGGAGAACUUCUAUGGGCAUAGCAGCGAGUUUGACAAGCUAAUUAAUAAUACCCUUUUGGAUAGCGCUAUUAAGGAGAUGGAGGCAUUUAUUAAGUCAGUCUUUGGUUUUGUGUAA